AUGGUUAGGCCUAUUGUAGCCCCCAGUAUCCUCGCAUCUGAUUUCGCAAACUUGGAAUGUGGUUGUCAUAAGGUCAUCAACGCUGGUGCCGAUUGGCUUCAUAUUGAUGUCAUGGACGGCCACUUUGUCCCUAAUAUCACGCUAGGACAACCCAUUGUAGCUAGUUUACGGAAAGCAGUCCCCAGAGUAGAUGACACUAGUUCAUCAAAGCCAAAGGCAUUUUUCGACUGCCACAUGAUGGUUGAGUCUCCCGAAAAGUGGGUUGCUGAUUUCGCGAAAUGUGGUGCUGAUCAGUUUACCUUUCACUAUGAAGCUACCAAAGAUCCCCUUGCCUUGGUCAAAUUGAUCAAAUCUCACAAUAUUAGAGCAGCUUGUGCAAUCAAGCCCGGCACACCGGUUGAUGUUCUCUUCGAAUUGGGACCCCAUUUGGACAUGGCUUUGGUUAUGACCGUGGAACCCGGAUUUGGUGGCCAAAAGUUUAUGAUUGACAUGAUGCCCAAAGUCGAAGCUUUGAGAAAUAAGUUUCCUCAAUUGGACAUUCAAGUGGAUGGCGGGUUGGGGAAAGACACCAUUCCACACGCCGCAAAGGCCGGAGCGAACGUCAUUGUUGCCGGAACCAGCGUGUUCACGGCUGAAAACCCCACUGAAGUCAUCUCGUUUUUGAAGUCGGAAGUGGCAGAGAACCUGGAAGAGAAAAACCUGCUAACUUAG